GGUAACCUGAAGGUUCCUGAAGACGUGCAUCCAACUUGUUAAAUAACUGCUUAAAAGGUUGCACUUGGACUUAUUUGUUCUGUUAAGCCUUUUAAAGUGAGAUUCAGGACACCUUAAAGAAAAGACAAAAAGGAAGAAAAACUACUGAGGAUUUGGAGAGGAAAUGCUUUGGAGAGGAAUCCUUUCUCCUGGAGAGCUCUGUGAAGUACAAGUAACAGAGGAGCACUCUGCAGCUUGAAACGAGCCAGGAAUUCACCUUGCUCGCAGGCUACCAGCAGACACGUUUGCUGCCCGCAGGCACAAAGUAGGAGUUGAUGCUCUUCUGUCAACGUAGGAUCUUAAUUCCUACCUCCCCUGCAGUGCUUUCUGUCUGGUCCUGUUGCCUUGAGCUGGAGCCAGGAAAGAACACUUUGAGUCUAGUCCCAUCUUGGGUAUGUGGGAGUUCAAGAUUUCAAAUGCUUUCCUCAUGUGAGCCUGCCUGCCAUGCCUGGGCACUGACACUUGUGGGUACAGCUGUUUAAAAUGGCAGAGAGAGGUGGGAAUGAAGAAGUGAUUAACUUGAACAGCUUCCGCAGUCACAGAGGAAAAGACUGGAUAAACCACAGGGAUGAAGGCCUUGUCACGAUAUCAGAUUCCUCGGAUGAAGAAUUACCUUCGUCACUGGAAACGCCGGAAAAGCAGCAGCCUGAGGAAGAUGAUGAUGAUGAUGUGCUCAUCUUGGCAGAGAUCCCGAAGCAUCAGCAGCCUCUGCGUGCCAAUGUCAUCAGACCUGCUGCUCCAUGGCAGGGUGCAAGCACUGGGGGAGAAGGAGGAUCUAAAAGUGCUGCUGAGCCCUCGAGGAGCACAGAUCUGCAGGAUUCAGCCCUGCUGUGCCAGGGAGACGGGUAUAAUCACAUGGUGGAGGGCAGUGCUGGACCAAGCAGGGAUGAGAGUGUGAACUUUGCACUGCAGCAGCCUGGACCCUCUGAGCUUAAUGGCCCCAGCUUUGAACUUACAGGUAAGCAGGAGCCUGGUCCAAGUUUGGUGCCACCAGUAAAGAUGAGUCCACAGCCUCUAGUUAACACAGAAACUGUGAGUCUAGAGAAUGCAGACCUUCCAGCACAACAGGAGGAAAAGGUGGAAGCCCAGGAAUGGCGAGAGAACGUGGAGACAGAGCAAAACCUCGAAGGAACAGCUGCUGCAACCACCACAAACCAGGAGACCCAGGAGAACAGCCAGCUGCAACACCGGUACUUCCCAACGCUGGAAGACGAGCCGCGCGCUGUAGCAAAUGGUUGUGCUCCUCAGCAAGGGCAGCCGGAGGCAGACCCAGGAUCUUUGAGGGCUUAUGGAGAGAAGGCUCCUGGGCCAGCCUUCCCCCGACCGGAGCCACAGCAGGACGGGAUUCCAGGCCCUGCUUCUCCCCAGCCGGCGCAUCCGCCCGAGGAAACGGGUCAGCAGGGAGGGAGGGACAAUGAGCAGCCGGGCCCGGCCUUCCCCGCACAGGGCUCUCAGGAACUCGGCUCCAGCAACGUGCCAGAACAAGGAGCUGCUGGGCAGGAGCAGGACCUCACUGCGCUGCUCAUCAGAGAGACAGAAGCAAGAUUCCCAGAUGUGACGAAGGAAUAUAUUGAAGAAUUAAUCAUCAUCAAGAACUGCUAUGACUUAAAUGUACUUUGUAACUUUCUUCUGGAAAAUCCAGAUUACCCAAAGAAGGAAGGCAGAGUGGUUUUGAAUCCCAGCAGCAGUCUGCUUGCCAGCCAAGAUGAGACAAAGGUGCCUAAAGUGGACUACUUUGACUUUUCCAAACUUGCCCCCCUCGACCAGCGGUGCUUUAUCCAGGCAGCUGACCUGCUCAUGGCAGACUUCAAAAUGCUGAGCAGCCAGGACAUCAAGUGGGCACUGCACGAGCUCAAGGGACACUAUGCAAUCACACGAAAGGCCUUUUCAGAUGCUAUCAAAAAAUGGCAGGAGCUGUCUCCCGAAACCAGUGGGAAACGAAAAAGGAGGAAAGAAAUGAAUCAAUAUUCAUAUAUAGACUUCAAAUUUGAGCAAGGGGACGUGAAAAUUGAGAAGCGCAUGUUCUUCCUGGAGAAUAAGAGACGGCACUGGAGGUCCUAUGACAAGCUCUCUCUUCUCCCACCGGUGCUGCUGGAGCAGGAAUUCUAUGAGCAGAAAGUGAAAGAGAUGGCAGAGCAUGCAGACUUCCUCCUGGCUCUGCAGAUGAAUGAGGAACAGUAUCAGAAGGACGGGCAGAUGAUCGAGUGCCGCUGCUGCUACGGGGAGUUUGCCUUCGAAGAGCUGACUCAGUGUGCAGACGGUCACUUGUUCUGCAAGGAGUGCCUAAUUAAAUAUGCUCAGGAGGCAGUUUUUGGCUCUGGGAAGUCAGAGCUCAGCUGCAUGGAAGGCAGUUGCACAUGUUCCUUCCCCACCAGUGAGCUGGAGAAAGUGCUUCCAGAGAACAUCCUCUGUAAAUACUACGAGAGGAAAGCUGAGGAGGAGGUGGCUGCUGCCUGUGCAGAUGAGCUUGUCAGGUGUCCCUUCUGUAACUUCCCAGCUUUGCUGGACAACGAUGUGAAGCGGUUCAGCUGCCCUAAUCCCCGCUGCAGAAAGGAAACGUGCCGGAAGUGCCAGGGGCUGUGGAAGGAGCACAUGAACCUCACCUGUGAGCAGCUGGCUGAGAAGGAUGACAUCAAAUACAGGACAUCCAUAGAAGAGAAGAUGACAGCUGCCCGGAUUAGGAAAUGCCACAAGUGUGGGACCGGCCUGAUUAAGUCCGAGGGCUGCAACCGCAUGUCGUGCCGCUGCGGCGCCCAGAUGUGCUACCUCUGCCGGGCUGCCAUCAACGGCUACGACCACUUCUGCCAGCACCCCCGCUCCCCCGGGGCGCCCUGCCAGGACUGUGCCAAGUGCUCCCUCUGGACAGAUCCCACAGAAGACGAUGAGAAGAUAAUCCAGGAGAUUCAGAAGGAGGCUGAAGAGGAGCAAAGGAAGAAGAAUGGAGAGAACAGCUUCAAGCGGAUCGGCCCUCCCGUGGAAAAGCCCGUAGAGAAGAUCCAGAGAAUUGAAGUAAUCCCUAGGCCUGUCCCUCAGAACUUCCACCAACCCCGGAUGCCCCCGUACCCCUUCGUCCACCCGCCCUUCCCGCUGCCUCCCGUCCGGCCCAUGUACAACAACAUCCCCCUCAACAUCGGCCCCAUCCCCGCUCCCUACGUGCCCCCACUGCCCAACAUGAGGGUGAACUUUGACUUUCCCCAGAUCAACGUGCAGCUGGAGCCCAACUUGCCUAUGCACUUUGGCCCUCAGCCCCGGCACCGGUUCUGACCUGGAGAGUCACUGCAGGGCAAAGCCACCCUGUCACAUCACCCUCUUCCCGCUCCGCCCCCUCUGGGUUUAGCCAGCAGCCAGGGGACUCAGUGUCCCUGCACUGCACCUUCUCCAGGGCUUAUCCAAACCUUUGCAAUCCAACAUUUCAACCUGUGCUGCAACAGGGCUUGGUGCUGCAUUUCCAAGGGGUGGAAUUCCACCCUGUGUUGGGCAUCCAGAUGUUUUGUUUUGACAAAGCCUGUUCAGGGAGCUGGUGGGAGGGAAAGUGAGGCUUUGUGGAGCACAGGGAUACAGCCGUUCCUCGGGGGCUUUCCAAAAAUCCCGCCUUCCUGCUGGCCAGAGCAGCUGCUGCACAGUCAUGUGAGUCUUGGGAGAAGGGUGGAGAGACUUGGCAUCUGAGUAAGACUUUCAGAAACAAGGUAACAGGAGGUGGCUGCCUCGGCCUUCUGCCUGCAGAGAGGCACAAGGCUGGGGUUCCCAUGUUCUCCAGUGUCCCUGGACCCUGCUGGCACCUCCCAGCAGAAAUAAACCGUUCAAAACCAAGUCAAUCUUGCAUUUUUAACAUUCCACUCUGGAAGUGGAGUGAGGGGCUGCAACAUCCCAUUGCUGAGAUCUCAGUGGGAAGCACAGAGCCAUGGUCUGUUUGGGAGGUGUUAGCAAGUGGCAGAUUUGGGCACCCAAAUCCUUGGCUGGACUGAACUUUCCUCCUUUGAAGGGCUCAGUCUUUUCCCCCAGAAGUGGGUGCUUCCAAAAUGUUGCCUUUGCUUUGCUGUUCUCCUCUGGCAUCCCAGACCUCCCCCAGCUUCUGGCUGCAGUGCUCAGACAGAAGCUGGAACCACCUGGAGCUGAAGCUGUGCCCUUUAUUACAAAAACUGCCUGGGAAGCACCCGGAUAGAUGUGUAGGCAGUGCUCUGUGCUGUAGCAGGAAAAGUGGGAAUGACUCCCAUAGCUGUGCAUGCAGACAGGGUGGGCCAGGAGCCCCUGCAGCUGAACCCCCACAACCCAAAAGGCAACUGUAGCCUCAUGCUUCAGGAAGCUGGCUGCUUCCAUGGCACUAAAUAACUUCUGAAAAUGUGUGUGUCAGCUUAAUUGGCUUUGGAAAAGCGUGUUAAAAGUUAAACCUGUGUAUUGCAGGGCUUAGGAAGUGAGGGAAAAGCAAAACUUCCUUGUGAGAAGCGGCGGGUGCAGUACUGGGCUGUGGGAGGAGGGUGGCACAAAGCCUUUCCCCCACAGCCCUUGGCUGUGCUGUCUGGUACAGGCCCCUUCUAGAAAAGAAAAUGGUUGGAGUGGAAAAAAAAAACCUCUUCUUGGGCUGCUUUUAGCAGCCCAGUUGUGCUGUUGUUCUCCAGAUGGUUUGUUCUGGGCUUCAUCCUGUUCUGUCCUGCUGGGAACCCUCUGGGUGCAUUUCUCCUCCUGUUAUUCCCCCCUGUAUUUGAGCAUCCAGGUGUUUUGUGGGUUUAAUUGUUUUUUUUUCAGGUAAAAUUCCCUAUCUCCACCUCACAGUUCCUGCCAACCCCCCGCGUGCCGCUCUCCGCAACCCCGGCCCCCGUCGGGCGUGCAGGGAGUGCUGGGCACAGGGUGUCGGUGGGAUGCUCCUGGACAGGAGCCUGGGACAGCAUCUGGGGGCUGUUGUCCCCAGGAAGAUCUCCCAGAGGCAACUUCCAUGCCUGUUGGAGCUCAGACAGCAAUUUUUCCCGUUGCCUGUGGGUCGAACAUACCCUGUGGCUGCUCCGCUUGGCUCGUCCAUGCCGUGGUCUCUCUGGCAUUAAUAACCAACUGCUAUUCCUUUGCUGCUGGAAUUUUUCUUUUUUUAAAUUAAUUUAUUUCUGGGGGCUGUAGGAGCUUUAUGACUUGCUGCUUGGCUGGGUUUUAGCCAGGUUUAAAUGCUGCCUUUCAUCGAGUGAUUCCUGUGAUAGCCAGGAGCAGAGUGUCCUGCUGGAUUUGGGGAGGGAGGGAUGUGUCACAGCAGCAGCAGGGGACAAGGAAACAGAGACAGGUCAGAAGAAGCAGAGGGUGCUUCCCUUGUUGAAAGGCAAUCCUGUUUUUUUAAUAGGUGAGAUUCUUUGGGCUCAAGGGCUGGUUUGGGUGAGCCCACCAGGCUCCCUGAGGUGUUGGCCCUUCCCCAGAGGAGUUGGGGGGGCAGCAGCUGGGGCCCAGCUCAGCUGCUGAACCAAUGGCCCAAACUAUGAAGGAAAUACAAUGGUGAUCCAGCAAAAAAUGGUGGUCCAGUCCCACCUUUUAGUGCAUAUCCAGGGGUGUGUGGGCAUGGAGAACUGAGCCUUGGCAGAGGGAAGUGAGGAGGUGGAGCAAGGAGGAAUGGAGAAGCAUCAGACAGAAGUUGGUGACUGAUCCAUCAGGGUCACUGCUGCCCUGGUUAUGGUCCUAGAGGAACCUGGAGGAUGUAGGGGAAGAGGGGACUGCGAUUCCCGUGUUCCCUUCCAAAACCAAGAGCUUAUUUGGGUCCAAGAGAAGACAAAUCGGUGCCUGGUCUGUGAUGUGCAGGUGCACCGUGCCUGGCUCUGGGCUCCCUGCACUGCUCCUCUCCCCAAGGAAACACCCCUGGCACCAAAAAAAUUUGCAGCCAAAGCUUAUGGCUGCUCCUCCCCUCUAACGUGAGAGACCUUGAGUUGUGGUUUCUGAAUCUCUGUUGAUUUAUUAAAAAAAAAAAGAAAAAGAAGAAGAAAAAAGCCCCCAAACUUACUGCACAACCACCAGAUCCAGCUGUGACCUGGUCUCUAACUCCUCCAUUCCCUUUUCCCUCCUGCCCCUCAGUCCUUGGAACUACUUGUUUAAAGGUUUUAAAGGUCAAAAGGCAUUGGGGAGGUUGCUGUGCCCAGGCUGAUCCCAUAACAGGUACUUCUUAUGGCUAAUUGCAGUGUCCCAUUUACUUGCCUUAAAGGUGGAGAGAGAAACUUAGUAUUUGCACUUAGCAAAAUGUUGUAUUAAAAGAAAAAAAACCUGUAAAGAUGUGCAUGUUCUGCAACUUUGUAUAACAAUAGCUGAAAAUAAAUAGGUGGUUUAUUUAAAAAAAAAAAAAGAAAAAAACCCUAAAAAUAUUUUUCUUUACAUUCUGGUAGUAAACAGUUCUAAUAUUCUGUGUGUAAAAAGUUCCUGUAUUAUAUUGUAAUUUGAAUUUUUGUAAAUAAAUUUGUGCACUCUGGCUUU